AUGAGCUGGCUCCGGGACAGCAUCUUCUUCAAAGAAAUGAGGGAGAGUGACGGCCUGCGUGACGCCGACACGCCUUCUUUGACCACUCUGCACGUGUCUUCGGAACAAGUCGCUGCCGUUCCGGGGAUGCCAGACCUGAUCGAAUCAAUCCGACAAUACGUGUCGCCUGAUAGACCUGAAAAUGGUGCAGAAAACGUUGCGAUCGUCUUUUCUGCGAUUUUCAUGGCCCUGCGCAUCGGCGGUGUGACAAUGGAACGAAACUGUCUGGCCUUAUCGCACUUCCAGUUCGGAUUCCGCGGCGAAGGAUACGAGAUCCCGCUCUCGAUCAGCUUGCUUCAUGCAGCUUCGCAAACGCAGCCUUUGGACGCUCCAGGCGCGUCCUUUGGGAGCGUGGACCGUUGCGGUCCAAGAAAGAGGAAACAUGCAAAGGCUGCGGCUCAGGAAGCAUGCACUAGGCACGCGCUCUUGCUCAAGAAGCUGUUCGAGAGGACCGAGGGAGCAAGUGAUGACUCUCAAAUGCUCGCGCGUCGUCUCAGCGCCAGGGCUGUAGUGCCUUCCGCGUUGCCCCCGUCGCCGGGCACGAUCUCGGCUUCUGCAGUGACAGAACAGCUAGAAGAGCUGCUGGAUCGAGAGUCCGAGUGCAAGAGGGCUACGGGAAGAGUCUACGAAGCCUAUGCGCACCUCGGAGAUUCCUUCGUCAGGCUUGUCGCCACGGUUUGCCAGGAGACACCACCUCCUGACCAGCGAAGCUCUGACGAUGCGUCUGGUCGACAGAACAACUUUCCAAUCAUUCUCGAUCCUCCUGCAAGAGGCAGCUCCAGCUCAAGCUCCAGCUCCAGCUCGAGCUCCAGCUCCAGCUCGAGCUCCAGCUCCAGUUCCAGCUCCAGCUCCAGCUCGAGCUCCAUGUGCAACGGAGAGCGAGCAAGCAUCGGCAAAAUGGAGCGCUCCCGUCCCCGCUACGGGCUGAAAUGGGACCAAGACAAAGGGGCUCAGAGACACGGUGUCUUUGUCAAUCUUCGCGCAUGA